AUGUCCACCAAAAAGGAUGAAACAGCAUUGCCAUCAGACAAAGUUGUAACCGACAAAGAUCAGAUUGACUUCACUAGCGGAGGACCCGAAGAGUUUAAGUUCUAUCCGGAUAAUCCUAAAAACCAUCGCCACAAGUAUAGAUGGGCAAGCAAAGACCCUUCAAAAUAUUAUGACCCGUGUGAGGAGAGUCGCCAAGCUUCUAUCAACUGUGUUCUAAGAAACCAAGAAGAUAAGACUGUUUGCCAGGAUUUUUUUGACGCAUACAGGGAAUGCACGAAGGAUUUUUUCGCAAAGAAGAAACAAGACAGGCAGAACGGAAAAAAGGGAUGGGGCAUAUGGUAA